AUGUCUGCGUCGUCACGUCGCGAUGCGACGACCGAGAGGCUCAUCGCGUCGACGACGUCGAAGCUUUCGUCGAACAUUUCUCAAAUUCGCAAGAGAGCGCUCAGACAGCUCUGCGUCGCCUCCGUCGCCGGCGCGUGCGAUCGGUCCACCGUAGCGCGCUCGCCGGAGCUCUUACGAGCGUUGCUAUCGAUGUACGACGCUCAAGACGCGUACACGGAGCUGGAUGGUCGAGCGGCGGGCGACGCGGAGGAAAAGGCGAGCGAGACGUGGUCGCCGGCGACGUAUUUGACGUGGUUGUGCGAGCGCGAACGCGUCGCCGCGGCGUGGUUGGAAGAGUUCGGCGCUCGUGAAUACAUGGAUGCAAUAUCGGACGUGCGACGCGAUCCCGAGCUCGAUCGGGGUUUCAGGCGGUUGACGCGGGCGCUGGAUGACGCGAGAGCUGAGGCGAGGGCGAGCGAAGAGGCAACAAAGGAGGAUUUUGAAUCUUUCGCCUUCGACGCCGAGCGCGAGGGAUUAAUCAGACGCGUAAGGGAGCGAAGCCACGACGAGGCGACGACAUCCGGGAGCGCGAGCGAUCGUGGCGAUUCCAGGGCCUCGUUCGCCGCGGGCGCGAGAGGCGUGUUGAGCGCGAGAGGCGACGGCGGAUUCGAACUUCCCAGAGUCGACGUCAGUGAGGAGGACGCACAGUAUCUGUACGCGUUGACGCAACAUCUCGAUACGUGUGGGCACCAUGCCCUCGCACUUGGUGGGUUGCGCGAGCUCAGGCGUGCAGUUAUGGAUUUGCCGGUAGAGGCGGUGACGCGUCUGGCGCCUCGGGCGCUCGAGCGCGCGUGCGAGUUACUUUCGGCGACGAAUCCAAAGUUAUCGACGCCGGAGACGCGACGAGAGGCACUGUUACUGAUUCAACAGUGCGUGUCGGCGAUGCACAGGGAAGUCAUGGACUGCACUCGCGAUUGUCUGUCGGCGUCCGCGGACGGACGAACGUCGAAGGCUCGUGCGCCGUCGCCGGACUCCACCAUCGCUCGGAUUUUUCCACCCACCGGGGUCGUUCAAUCGACGAGGACGCUUCCCAUCGCGCAUGUGUUCGCAACACACGUCAUCCCGGCGGUAUGCGAGCCAUCGCUCCGCGCGAGUGCCGUUCGAACCGUCCGAUUGCUCCUGCCGCUGCUUCAAGUUGCGCCAGAGAAUGUUGACGCGCAACCGCACGCAGGCGCUUUGCUGCGAUUGGGUCAGUACCUCGACCUCUGGGAAUCCUCUCUAGCGGUGCUGGAGUUCGAGUCCGGUGCCGCGAGUGAGUAUUUGACGUGCGUGCAGCUUAGCGCCGAGCUCGCGGCGUGGGCAGGCGGGGCACCAGAGAAGGGUGUCGGAUCGGCGAACAAGAGUCUCGCCAAGCGCUGGUACGUUAUUUGCAUCGACGAAGUGAUCGCCGCGGCGGAUCCGCUCGCUCGACAUUAUUGUACACGUGCACUGAUUCAAGUACAUCCGUCGCUCCCGCUCGAGCUUUCGCUCGUGAAAGAGGCAGACGAGUGUCUAAGAGCGGUUGCCACGUCUGCGGCUUUGGGCGUUGGCGCCGCGGCGUUUGCAAAAAUCGUCUCCAACGCCGCGCCAGCACUGAGUCUUCUGGGUGCGACGUUUGAUGUCAUGCCCUUCACGUCCCGAAUGCUCGCGACUCUCUUCGCGCUCGCAUCCGCGAGCGCCGAAGACGUGGAAGACGUCGUCGCGGCGACGCUCACGAUGCUGACGCACUGCAUGGAGGGAGUGCGCAUGUCUGCGUACGCCACGCUCGCUGCGGCGGAAGUUUCGGCGUUUGCGAUCUUGGAGCACCCACAUAUGAUCGAGGAGAUCAUUAUUGGAGGACUAAAUCACGUAUCGACCGCUCGGGAUGCGGCGAUUUGUCUCGCAACCCUGUGUGGUGAAUCUGACGUGGAUUCGCGUCGGCGAAUCGCGGCGCAGUUGGCGCAACAUGCGGCGUGGCUCGAUGCUCUUGCGGGAGAUGAAACGGUCGGAAAGUCCGUUAUCAUGGCACAUAAGAUGAUUGAGCACGAAAGUGACUACGGGCGUCUGAGCACGCUCUCAACGUCGCUUCGGGGGCUGUUUCAUCAAGAGGAGAAGACGCGAAUCAGAAGCGCCACAGAUUUGGCUCACGGUAUUUCCCAUGGACUGACGUCGGCCGCUCAAGUGCUUCUAAGGUCGCACGACGAUCCAUUCGACUCUGUUUUGUUGACAGACGAAGAGUACGUUCGCGAACCGGCAUCGUCCGUCGCGGACGCGUUCAAAGAGAGUCUCAGAUUGAGGACAUUUGACGACGUACGCGCAAUGUUGAGACGCUUCAUCUUCGACGACGUUUCGUCGCGCGAAGAGCUGACGGCUGAACUGGAGAUCAUGACGAGUGAUGAGCGACUUUCAGCUGUGUUGGCCGAUCCGAGUUUACUGGACGCGCUCAUCAAGUUGGCGAUCGAUUCGUCCUCGCAUGUCUCUUCAGUGACUGGCGCGCUUCGAAUUCUCACCUCAGCGUUGAGUGCGUCGGCGCUCGUUCGAGAUAUGCUAGCGCGCGAAGAUGGAAGAGGCGGACGCGUCACACAGCUGUUAGGUCUCGUGUUCCAUCCACAGCGACGCAUUCGAGAGGCCAUGGCGUCGUUCCUGGCGUCGUUCCUGUUCUCGCCAGUCGUCGAUUCAGUCGUUGCUCGCGCAGGCGCGAGUAGACCGAUAGAAUUCAGCCUACCGAAGGUCUUCCUUGAGACGUAUAGGUUUCCCACGUUCGUUCCGGAGUUGGUAAACCCACCCAUGGUGGGAGAUUUCGAUGCAUUCAUGAACAACGACGUCGAUCGACAUCGCGUCUUGUACAUGUUUAGACGCAGACAGCUUCUCAUGCACAAGUAUGAUGUGGCGCACAAUGAAGAUGCGGCGCUACUGGCGUUUGCACUCGGUGAUGAAGACGAAAGCGAUGAUGCCGAGAUUCGCGUGAUGCGUGAUGCGGCGAGAAUAUCGUGCUCGUCAGUGGUUCUCGGAAAUUUGGUCGGCGAGUUGGGUGAAGCGCGCUCGCACGAGGCAGCGGCUCGAGUGGUGGAUUCUUUGAAGACCAACGUGCAAGCGAGUCGCAUUCACGCCAUGAGCGUCCUAGCUUCUCUUGGCCGAUGGAACGAGUCGUGCGAGCGAUUCCUGCGUCGUCCACCGCGAUCGACGUCUGAUACGUGGCUUUGGGUGGGCAUGGCGGAGCUUCUCACCGAAUCUCUGGAAUCGUUCAUGCGCGUCGAAGAAAGUACGCUUCCACCGGCGGCUUUGGAGACGCUCAUCAAUGUCGUUCGCGACGUCAUCGUCCCACUCGCAAGUAGCGGCGCGUCGCUCAGCAGCGAUGUGAACAGUGACGUCUCGCGAGACCCGCCGGUUUUGAGACACCCCAUCGCAGCCGGCCAAGCCUUGGGGAGCGACGGCGGCUCCGCGCGCGUCGCGCGCGCGACGGCGGUUCACGCGGCGAUGAAUCUGCUAACGCUAGUAUAUGAAGCCGCGCGGAGAUUCAGGAUUUUUGCAGCGCCCGAAGUUGACGCAGACGCGUUGGUGUCGGUGCUCAUUGAGCUCGAUUGCAUCGGCGUCGUGUCGAGCGAACUGAUUUCAAAGAAGAGUUGCGACUACGCGGUCAGAUGCGCCGCCGUGAAUGCGGUGACGGCCGCCUUGCGUCUUGGCGGCGUCACCUCGACGGUUGCGCUCAAUUUGGUGGACGCCAUGCUGGGGCACGUCUACCCAUCGUACACGUCCGAGGAACACCGCGGGUCUCUGCUCAUGAAUCGCGCCACAAGCGCUCUUUUGCUCAUCAUGGAAUCAAACUCUUCAACGGACGCGUGGUCGGAUGCGUUCUACGAGCGAUGUGAUAUUGGUUGGUUAGGGGAUAUGCUCAUCGACCCCACACCGCGCGGACGCGCCAGAGCUUACGACAUACUCGCAGCGGCGGUCGGGCCUGGAUCGCCCGUUGUCGAUGUCAUCGCCGUUGAGUUCCCGAACUUGUUCGAGUUCGCGGCUGCGUGCGCGAUUGACGACAACGAGGCGGCCAUCACUCGAGCGGCCGCAUUCCGUUGCGUCGCAUCCAUCAUCGCGGGGAGCGCUGCGGCGGAGAUUUCCGUGGACAUCCCGGACGACGGCAUCUACGCCGGCGAACGGUCAAAGGUUGCGUUCCCGUCCAUACCAAUGCUCGCUGCGAAGGACGUUUGGAGAGGUUUCGCACGAGUGAUCAUGAACGACACGCAUGGUGAUGUAGAGCGCGUCUCCAUGCUUUAUCGCGGUGCCUCAGCGGCUAUGCUGGCGGCGGCACGGAUCGACGCGAUUGGCGUCGCUGAGGCGUUUGAUUUCAGUCCGACUCACGAGACGGAUGGAAACAUGUGGCACGGCUUGUUCGCUGUGCUCCGGCGAGCGACGUUCGUUGGAUACGGUUCAUCAGACUCCGCGACCGCGGCGUCGAACGUGGCGACUCUUCUUGGGGUCAUGGCGAUCGCUGGAGCGCGCACUUUCGAUGCCAAAAUUGCGGCUGCAUCUCUUCGCGAUUGUCUCGACAAAGCCGUGAGAGCACUGCGACGCGGCGGAUGCGACAAAACCGCUCGCGCCGCAUCGCGGUGUGCAGAAGCUCUUGCGACGAUGUUAAUGGUCCACUCGCGUGCGCACGAUGAUGCUCUCAUUCCGAUCAACGGCAUCGCCGCUCAUUGCGCUGAGAUUCUUGCGAGUGCGGUUGAGUCCGGAGCGGGCCCGGGACGCGUGCGAGCCUCCACCGGAGCGUGUCUCCUGGCGUCGACCGUGUUCCGUUCGAACGAUCUAUCGGCGCAAGCGAUCGAUGGAGCACCUGCUCACGUCGGGGCAUCGAUAUUACAGUCACUUUUAGUGCUCUGGCAUUUCCGCUCGCUCGGAAACUCCACGAAGCGGUCGAUGGUGCCGACAAUGUCAAUCAUAAUCUCCGCCACGCGAAACGUAUUGGCGUACGAUCUGAGCGCCAAGGCCGCGGCGUGCGAGUGGGGUUUGGUGGAGAGUUUAAUACAAACCACGCGAGAGGCGGUGUCUCGAUCGACGCGCCCGGACGGGUCGUACCAGAGCGUGCCGACUGCUAUGGACGUCGCGUCCGCGGCCAGGCGCGGAGACUUCCUCGGCGCCGCGAUGGAGCUAGGCAUGGACGUCGAUGGAAAGGAGCUCCCGUCCACAGUGGCGCUCGGUUCGCUGACAUGUUUAAGACAUCUUAUGUAUUCAUGUCCAGACGCCGACGCUGCCGACGUCUGGCGAGAAGAGAUUGUGAACGAAAUUCGUGAGCGAGCCGUCGACGGCGGCGUCGUCUCAAUGUUCCAAGCUUCGUGGGCGUACGCCAAGCUCGACCGAACGGUGAUGUGCGAGCUAUUGUCGCUCGUCGUAAACUUUGUCGCUAAGGAUGCGACAUCGAAGCGCGCGAUCACGACGGCGGCGUCGUGGGCAGGAGACGACAUCGACGACAAGCCGAAAUCGUUUGCGCAGCGACUGUUGGAUUACGCGUUCGAAUCCAAGCACGAGCCUGGAUCACCGAGUCUCGAGCUCGCGCUCAAGUCGCUCGCGUCGUUGAGCACGGUCGAUGGCCCGGCGCGAUAUUGGCUCGUUCGCUCUGUCUUCGUCGGCGAGACGUCGAUGACACUCGCGCACGCGUUGACCAAGGUGCGAGCUUUGGAUGACGACGCGCCGGAUGCCAAUCGCGCGAGGUGGAUGCGCACUGUCACCGCGUGCGUUCGCGCCCUCGCCGCCGUGGCCUCGUUUGCGGAUGGUCAACGUACGGUGCUUCGAACUGACGCCGGCGUUCGAGCGCUCGAUCUCUGUCUCGAGGUGGUCGCGAGCGGCGACGCCGACGCGAAACGCGAGGCGUUUGUGCUCAUGCACAACCUCGCGUACCACGCUGAUUCAAAGUCGCACUACGCCGCCAAUGAGGCCGCGCUCGAUUGCCUCGUGCGAGGAGCGGGUGACGCGGACGAUAGAUGCGCGUCGGCGUCGUGCGCCGCCCUCUUCGCGCUCUCGCGCAGUCAAAGAAUCGUCGCGCUCCUUCGCGAGUCGGGACGCGAUCGAGCGCUCCGCGCCGCGGCCAAGCGUUCCGCUGGGGACACAGAUCCGAACCACGACGCGAGCCAUCGCGCCCACCGCGCGCGAUGCCUCCGAGGUCUCCUCUUAAUUCUAUCUGCGAGCGAAAACAUCGAUCGCUACGGAGUGUAG